GGUCUUUCUGAUGGAGGUUUCCUGCGAAAGUAAAUCACAUUUGCUGUUCCUCUUUCAGUUUGAGCAGGCUUUUUAAGCGCUGAUCAGCUGCUGCUCAAACGCACAGACAGACGAGAAGAGAAGAGUCUUCAACAGGCUGCGAGGCGGUUAGUUAUCUCUGUACUUUGACUCAAGGGAACAAUAGAAUAAAAGCAGUCAAUAUCUUGCAUAGGUGAGGGUCCACUACAGUGUUUACAAAGCUCCCACCUGAAGCUCUGAUGGCUGCGAUGGUUGGCAGUGUGCGCGUCACUGUGACUCUCCUCAUGUGUGUUCUCGGAGGCCAAGCGCUCGACCUGCUGAGGGUGACGGCAACAUCAGGGAAUCCUCCCGCCACUCCCAAAGUGCAUUGCAGGUGUGCAAGCUACCCAAACGUGACUCUUUGCUCCUGGCCUGAACCCUCUCAGUCCCCACCAACACACUACGUUGCCACCUACAGUGAGAGACACAGACAGCCGGUCACCGAGCAGUGCCAUCUCAUCCAGCCCGACUCUGCAUCUUCGAAUCUGACCUCAGCACCGUCACCAUCAUCUGAGCGGCUGUGGCACUGCAACCUGCCCAACCUGAAGCUCCUCACCAACUACAUCAUCAACGUCACGGCCGUUUAUUCUGGAGGAAGCAGCUCCCAUCUGUCCAGUUUCAUGUUGGAGGAUAUAGUGAAACCAGAUCCUCCCGAAAACGUCCGGGUUUCCCCUCAUGAUACCAGAAACCUGUUGUUGGUGGAGUGGUCUCCUCCCUCUACCUGGGCUAACCUAGACAUCUUCCCCCUAAAAUACCAGAUCCUGUACCAGUGGGAACACAAGGGCACCCAAAAGUCUGUCAAUCUGGGUCCAUUUGAGACCACCAAGGUUGAGCUGAAGGUGCUGACCCCAGGGAGGACCUACAUGUUCCAGGUGUGUGCUAAGGAGCUGCUGGGUCUGGGCGAAUGCAGUGACUGGAGCUCACCUGCAAAUAUCACCAUACCAGUAACGAAACUGUAGAGACUCCCUCUCACUUCCUGUUUUAUUUAACCGUCACCUCCAGUGUCUUUUAUCUGCACAAGCAAUGCAAGCAACAGUUAUUCAUAUUUUGUUUUAUUUAUAAAUGGAUAUUAUCUGUACAGUGUACAAUCAGCAUUUCCACUGAAAAUGUUAUUUAAUUUUUUGUAAUAUUCUUGGUGUAAUAAUAAUAAUAUAGAAACCAUACUGUAAGACAUUGUGAUAGUUUGUCAGGGUGUCUGAUAGUCUGAUCAGUUUUUACCUCAACCGUUUAUGACCCCCUUUUGACCUCUUUUAAGACACAUUUUACUAUGUUUUCAUCAUUGUGUGGCAGCUCCUCAUUUGUGUGAAACAUUGAAUAAAAACAAGGCAUUCGUAUUGAA